AUGAAAAUCAGCGAUGUGCUGAGUGAGUCCAUAUUAAGCGAAAAUGGGAAGCUGAAAAAAAGCGGAAUAGGGAUGGGGUUCGGGGUAGGAAUCGGCAAAGGGAAGGGGGAAACGGCUAGCAGCGAAAAUGUACUGGAAGAAUUUGAAAUCAAAAGUAAAAUGAGGAAGGUGUGUUUGGGAAUCCCCACGAAGGAAUUGGAUGUGAAGAAUAUCCUCAGGCUAUUGAAAGAACCCAUUUGUCUCUUUGGAGAAGAUAGCUACGAUAAAAGAAAAAGACUCAAAAGUGUGCUCGUAACAAAAUAUGAUAAAUUUGUAAAAAAAAAAAAUGUGGACAAUGAGGAGGAAGUGGAAGAAUUUAAAAACAUCCUGAAACGGUACUACAUCGAUUUUAGUAAACUGUAUGAUGUGAAUUCACCAGAAUAUUUAAAAAUAAACGAAUUGGAAGAGCAGCUAGGCACGAAGAGGUUAAAGCAACAGAGCAUUGCAGCUAAAGGGAUCACUGUGAGGAGUACCAUUAAGGAAAAAUUUUACACGGAAAGUUCGGAGGCACUUAAGCAAGCUCGUCUAGACUUAACCUUAAAAACGUUGCCGAGGAUAUUCUUGCACAAAGAAAUGAUAAACAAAUUUCAAGAAAAAUUUUCCAAGGAUGAAUUUGAGAGAUAUAUAUCGCUGUAUAGCGAACAUAUGAAGAGCGAAUUCGAUUUGUUCAUUUCUCAACUGGGUGAUGAUAGACCUCUAACCAUGGGGAAGUUUUCCCCCGACAAUAGCGUCUUUGCAGUCAGCAGUUAUAAUACGUACAUUAACAUUUUUAAUUACCAGAAUGAUAAUUACAACAUCGUGAAGACGCUCAAAAAUGGACACGAGGAUAAAAUAAAUUGCAUUGAUUGGAACUAUCCCAAUAAUUAUUCCUACUAUAGCACGCUUAGCUAUAGGGAUGUGCAGAAGGUGGACCUCCGCUUGGCGUCCUGCUCAUCGGAUAGGUCCUUCUGCCUUUGGAGGCCCUUCACCGAGGAGGAUUUGCUGGAUGACCCAGGCGCUUUGUAUAGAGACGCUCGCGAAAAGGCGGCCACGGGGGGGAAGAACAAAGGCGGUGAACACUCCGGUGAACACUCCGCGGACCAGCUGAGCGAUGAUGAGGAGGACCCCAAAGGGGCCGGCGCGAGGGCAAAGGGUGACCAGCAUAAUGGGGAAGGGGAAAAAAAAAAACCCAAUAAUGGCAGCAAAAGUGAUAGAAGCGGUAAAAAUGGCGGAGGUGGCAAGGGACACCUGCUGUGCAAGGUGAAGGCGCACGACGAUCGGAUAAACAAAAUAUCCUUUCAUCCUCUCAACAGACACGUGCUGACGUGCUCGGAAGAUGAAACGAUAAAGUUCUUCGACAUCGAAACGCAGGAAGAGCUGUUUUACCAAGAGGGUCACAACGCGAAUGUGUAUUCGGCCACGUUUAACCCCUAUGGAAAUUUAUACCUGUCUGGAGACUCCAAGGGGGGACUAAUGCUAUGGGAUAUAAGAACGGGAAAAAAUAUUGACAAAAAAAAAAUGGUGCAUAAUAACUGCAUCAUGAACAUCAAUUUUAACCCCUUCAUGCCAAACAUGUUCUGUACCUGCUCAGCUGAUAAUACAAUAAAAAUAUUUGACUUGAGAAACUUCACCGUUUCGUGUAACAUCCUUGCACACAACAAAAUAGUAACGGACGCAGUUUUCGAGCCAACCUAUGGCAGGUACAUAACGUCCUGUUCCUUCGACACCUUCAUCAAAAUAUGGGACUCUGUGAAUUUCUACUGCACCAAGAUUUUAUAUAAUAAUGAUAAUAAGGUCAGAAAUGUUGAUGUCUCUCCGGAUGGGAGCUUCAUAUCGUCCACCUCUUUUGACAGGACGUGGAAGCUGUACAAGAAUACCCAGUUUGCCGAGGAGAACAUUCUUGCUCAUUUUUUUUGA